CUUAGCGAAUGGGCGGGUGCAAGUGGAGUCGGCACUAUAUAAACCAGAUUGACCUGCAAAUCCAGCCUCUGUGGAGCCUGACAGCGGGAAUCCUAUUUUAAACGAAAGAUUCUUCCUUUUACAGGUAGAAUUUUGUCCUGACUUCAGAUCGUUCUCCGUUUAACAGACAGCACUGAAACUACCAUCAAACAUGAAUAAAGACGACGACAUGAAGGAAGUUGAACUGAACGAAAUGGAUCAGGAAAAACAGCCGAUGACUGGAGAAACUCCGACAGGCACCGAAAAAAACGGCUGCGUAAAGGUUAAAGUGCCAGAGGACACAGAAGUCAAAUUUACGGGCCUCUCCAAAGAGGAGUUAAUGAAAGUCGCCGGGACACCCGGGUGGGUUCGGACUCGUUGGGUCUUGCUGGUUUUGUUCUGGCUCGGCUGGGUUGGCAUGUUAGCUGGAGCAAUAGUAAUCAUAGUACAGGCCCCACGCUGUAAACCCAUUCCUGAGAUGCACUGGUGGAACGAAGGCCCUCUGUACCAGAUAUCUGACCUGGAUGCUUUCUCUGAAAAAGGACUGAAAGGAGUUGAGGAGAAGCUGGACUAUCUGAACCAGAUAAAGGUGAAGGGCCUUGUUUUGGGUCCGAUACACACUGUGCAAGAAAACCAGCUCAGCACAUUGGAAUUAACUUCCAUUAACCCAGAAUUUGGCUCUGAGGAGGUGUUGAGUUCUCUGUUGGACCGUGCACAUAGAAAAGGAAUCUCCAUAGUGCUGGAUCUAACACCCAAUUAUGAGGGAGCUUCAGUCUGGUUCAACAAUGCUGCUUCUGUUGCUGAGCGUCUCAAAGAAGCAUGCAUAUACUGGCUCAAUAAGGGGGUGGAUGGGAUCUUUUUAUCUCACCUGAAUGAAAUCGCGAACACAGAAGCCUGGCCGUCUGUUCAAGGCAUAUUCAACAAAACUGAUGCAACCAAAAAAAGAGCUCUAAUGGGAUCGGUCACCGGUCUCAUCACGGAUGACGUCUCUCAUCUGCUGAACCGCUCCAGUGUUGACCUGCUCCUGACAGGACUGCUUGAUCCACUUGAACCUGGCGUAAGACAGGCCGCGGUGAUACAGACACUCUACUCCGAUCAUCUGCAGACGAGUCUGGGCUGGAGUCUGAGUGGACGGGCUCAGGGUUCUCUGGCUUCCAGAAGUCCAGCAGUGCCUGUAAGACUCUAUCAAAUGCUGCUGUUCACCCUCCCGGGCACACCUGUAUUCAGCGCUGGAGAUGAGGUCGGACUGAAAGCUGGGGAGAAACCUGAAGCAAUGUGGGACUUGGAAAGUCAAACAGAAGAUGACAAUUCAACAGCAAAGACCAUACAAGAGGAACGUACCGCAGUGCGUGACUUCUUUAAAACACUCAGUGAUCUGAGGGGAAAAGAGCGAUCGCUUCUGCACGGAGAUUAUAUCAGCCUUUACAGCUCACCCACUUCAUUAGCAUUUCUCCGCCUUUGGGACCAGAGCGAACGUUUUGUGGUCGCCCUAAACUGGGGAAGUGACUCCGUUACCAUGACACUGACCAAUAGCGACCUGCCGGCUGAAGCUGUGGUCCGUGUUUCCACAGAUACAGAGAAUCUAGCUGUGGAUACUAAGGUGUCAGUAGAGAAGUUAGAGCUUGGGCCCAAACAGGCUGUUUUGUUGUCUUAUGCUUUUCCUGGCUAGACACACAUUCAAAGACACUCCUUAAUGUCUCAGAUCAGCUUCAACACUGUGCACAGGUUUAGACUUUGUCUUUUGAGUGAAAAAGUUCAUAGUUUUAAUUGUAUUCUCUAAUAGAGAUACUUUUAGAAGCACUAACUGUAAAGCUGUGUGAAAGAGCUCCAGUUGUUAAAGUGUCACAGUUGUAGAACAGUUGUUGAUUGCCAUACAGAGACAUGUAGAUCUAAAGCGCCUGAUAAGAUAAUAAAUAAAAUGGCUACUGAAAAUAUU